GGCAAACCUGUAAUUAGGUUAAGGAAUUGGCUAAUUCAGUGGCUUGCUGUUGCAUCAGCAGUUAGUCGAUCUUCUUGUAGCUACUGCUCGCUGAUUUCUGAGUUAUAUUGCAGAAGCUUUGGUCUCUGUUUUGAGGUUAUUCUAGCAAUGGGGAAGGACUCAAAACCAAAGGAUGCAGGAGGGAAGGGCAAAGGGAAGCAGGCAGGAGGUGCAAGUGAUGAUAGUGCUUCAAAGGGUAAAGGAAAAGCUGGAAAAUCAGAUGGACUUGGCACCUGCACAUAUGUAAAAGCAAGGCAUAUCUUAUGCGAAAAGCAAGGUAAAAUCAAUGAAGCAUACAAGAAACUGCAAGAUGGUUGGCUUAGCAAUGGAGACAAAGUGCCACCUGCUGAGUUUGCAAAGCUGGCAGCUGAAUACUCUGAAUGCCCUUCUGGGAAGAAGGGUGGAGACCUUGGGUGGUUCCCACGGGGAAAGAUGGCUGGUCCGUUCCAGGAAGUUGCCUUCAGCACAACUGUUGGAGCUACCAGUGGGCCAUUUAAAUCAACUCAUGGAUAUCACAUAAUCUUAUGUGAAGGGAGGAAGAAUUGAUGAGGAAUGCGGCAUGCGCAUCAAGGGGCUCAAAACUAGUGCACUGUAGAUGGGUUUAUACCUUGGAUAACUAGGUGAGGUUCGUGAAUGUACCCCAGCAAGCAAGAUUUUCAUGGAUAUAAAAGUGGGAGUUGAAUGUCUGAAUGUUUUGGUCAGUUUCUUGCGUUUUCCCUUAUCAUUUCAAAUAAUGAUGAUAUAGUUAAGAGAAUUAUGUGAAGCCCUUGAAGUUUGAUGAAAGUAAGUUAUGUUUGUUUGGGUUUAAUGGAAUGGAAUAUAAUGUAUUCUACGUC